CCUUAUACUAACAUUUCAAAUCCAUCCAUUCAUCCCCCUCUAUUCCCCUUCUCUCCCUCCUAUGCCACUGGCUCUCUCUGCCUUUUUCUCUUUGCCAACGUUUCUCUUGAAUUAUACUGAACCAAAGAAAGUCUCUGCUGUAAAUGGCGGUGGCAGAGUUAUCGACUUCCUGUACCAAAACUCACUCUUCACAGCUCUCGCUCUCAUCUUCAUCUUCUUCUCGUUUCUCUCAUCAUUUUCGUCGUUCCUUUCGACCCCUACCCACAACCAGGAAUCCUACCAUCUCAUGCUCUGUUGCAUCAGAUCAAGUUCAAACGCCAAUACCUGUACAAGCUCAGGAUCUCAAGGGGAAGAGUGAAUGCUAUGGUGUCUUCUGCCUCACUUAUGAUCUCCAAGCUGAAGAGGAGACAAAAUCAUGGAAGAAACUAAUUAAUAUAGCUGUUUCUGGUGCUGCUGGGAUGAUAUCUAACCAUCUUCUUUUCAAAAUUGCAUCUGGUGAAGUCUUUGGACCAAAUCAGCCUGUCGCUCUGAAACUAUUGGGAUCGGAAAGGUCAAUACAGGCUCUCGAAGGAGUGGCCAUGGAACUUGAAGAUUCCUUGUUUCCUUUAUUAAGAGAGGUUAGUAUUGGAAUAAAUCCAUAUGAAGUGUUCCAAGAUGCUGAAUGGGCUCUUCUGAUUGGGGCAAAGCCACGAGGGCCUGGAAUGGAACGAGCUGAUUUGUUGGACAUCAAUGGGCAGAUAUUUGCUGAGCAGGGAAAAGCUCUCAAUGCUUCUGCGUCUCCUAAUGUCAAGGUGAUAGUAGUGGGCAAUCCCUGCAAUACCAAUGCCUUAAUUUGUAUGAAAAAUGCUCCAAAUAUACCUGCAAAGAAUUUCCAUGCAUUGACUAGGUUGGAUGAAAAUAGAGCGAAAUGCCAGCUUGCCCUAAAAGCAGGUGUCUUCUACGAUCAAGUGUCAAACAUGACCAUCUGGGGAAAUCACUCAACAACUCAGGUUCCAGACUUCCUAAAUGCUAGAAUCAAGGGCUUACCUGUCAAAGAGGUCAUCAAGGAUCACAAAUGGUUAGAAGAGGAGUUUACUGAAAAGGUCCAAAAGAGAGGCGGUGUUUUAAUUAAGAAAUGGGGAAGAUCUUCAGCCGCAUCUACUGCUGUGUCUAUCGUUGAUGCCAUCAGGUCUCUAAUAACUCCGACACCCAAGGGUGAUUGGUUUUCUUCUGGAGUUUAUACCAAUGGCAAUCCAUAUGGUAUAGUGGAGGAUAUCGUCUUCAGCAUGCCAUGCCGAUCAAAAGGAGAUGGUGAUUAUGAACUUGUCAAGGACGUGAUCUUCGAUGACUAUCUGCUCAAGCGAAUUAAAAAGUCGGAAGCGGAAUUGCUAGCGGAGAAGAGAUGUGUGGCUCACCUUACAGGGGAGGGUAUUGGUUUCUGUGAUCUACCUGAGGAUACAAUGCUUCCUGGAGAAAUGUAAAAUGAGGUUCAGCUUUUUCUUCCAAUUAUUUGUCCCUCAAAAUCAGCCUUUGGGCAAAAAAAAAGAAUAAAAAUGAAAAUGACCAUAUAUGUAUACUAAAUUGUUUGAGUGUAUGAGUAGGGAUUGCAGGUGGUAAAUUAAGAUAAUAACAAAUAACAUCCAAUGUUUUCCCAUUUGGUUGAGAUUUUGGACUGAAAAUUAAGUAAAUGAAAGUACUAUUCCGUAUGAUGUACCUUUGAUCUUCUAUUUGCUUGAUUGCCCAGUAUCUUGGUUCCUUUUGUCUUUCAUCAUCUUUGUUCUAUAUCCUCCCGGCUCUUUAUUAACCCAUAUAUAUAUAUAUAUAUAUACAUAGGGGUUGUUUGUUAAAUCAUCUAAAAUAGAGGAAAAAAUUAACAUCUAUUAAUUUUGUUAAUGUAGCAUAUAUGUUUAUAACCUCUCUCCAACUCUUAAAUAGGAGAAUAAUAUGCUUCAGCGUACUAAAACUCACGUCCUUCUAUAUUAACAAUAAUAUCAAUACCAACUAAGCUAAGACUCAAUCGCUAAAAUUUUAAAAUAUAUUAAUUAUUAUAAAAAUUAUCAAUAAUACUCGAGAAAAUAAUUCUCUAAACAAGUAAAGAAAUUAAAAUAAAAAUAUUUUAUAUGAUAUGUUAGUCUAAGAAAGUAUUCCACAAUAAUUACUCUAGUACUUCAUAUUUAUUAGGUUAUUUCUCGUCUAACAUUAAACACGAACUCUUUGUCAAUAUUUCAAUUAUAUUCAAUUUAAUAAGAUCAACUAAUUAUAAUGAUUAUUCGAAUAUAUAAUGUAAGUGUAAUGGUCGUUGUCACCCACUAGUAGUACCCUAUUGAGAACCCCCAAACGCAGCACUACUCGGGACAAAGGAAAAUCCUUAAUUGCGUGGAGAAUUGUUUCUCAUGUUGCACCACACCUCUUACAAUUCGGACCAUUGUACAAAAGGGUCAUUGCAAUUCUAGCAGUAGUAGGCAAUAUCUCAUAGUCCAAACACAUCUUUCAAAUAGUGCACCAAAGAAAAUUGUGUGAUCCAUAGGCAACAUACCUCAGUAAAACCCAAGAGUAAACAUUCUUGGUUGACUGAAUCCAUGUUGAUGCAUACCCUCAAAUCUCGGGCAACUCACUAGGUAAUAACGUGGUUCACAACACUGUUUUUGUGUUUACCUCAUCAAACUGUUACAUGUGUUCACAUGUUAUUGGUUAGUAUGAUCUUAUCUUAUCUUAUAGAUAUGGAUAAUGAUUAUGUUACAUGUGUUCACGUGUUAUGGGUUGGUGUAAUCUUAUCUUAUCUUAUAGAUAUGGAUAAUGAUAGAGUUGUAGAUUUAAAUAAGACUUGAGCAGUAUAAAUAGGUGGAGUAUGUUUGCUCUACUUGGCUCACAAGAUGUUUGGAAGAUCAUUCAAAAUGGUUAUGAAGCUCCCAAAAUUAGACAUCAUUGUCACAACAUGAGAAGGAAGAAAAAUCAACAAGUUCUCACCCUUAUCCAUCAAUGUUUGGAUGAAUCUAUGUUUGUAAAAGCAACUAAUGCUACCACGACAAAAGAAGCUCGAGAGAUUUUACAAAGUUCUCUCCAAAGUGUCAACAAAGUGAAGAAGGGUUCAACUCUAAAUAUUACGAGGAAUUUUGAAAUUCUUUUUUACUAUGAAAUUUUUUUACUUGGAAUUUAGUUACAACAUAAAAUAUUGCUCAAGUCUUAUCUAGAAAUCUUAUCUACAUCUACAACUCUAUCCUUAUUUGGUGUGUAUGUAGCUUAUCUUAUAUAUAUAUAUAUAUAUGGAUAAGGAUAGAGUCGUAGAUCUAGAUAAGAUUUCUAGAUAAGACUGGAGCACUAUUUAAAUAGAGUAUGUUGUAGCUAAAUUCCAAGCAAAAAAGAAGAAAAGUAAGAAAUCCAUUGUAAAAAUGAGUUUCAAAAUUCCUCUCUCUAAAAUUUUUCUUUCUUCAUUCACAAAAAUCUGUCUUUAAAAUUUUUUCCUCCUCUUCCUCCUUCCAACAUAAACACUACUCGCACUAGCAUCAUGAGACAAAACCCCUCUAUUAGACAAUGGUAGUUGUAAAGCCUUAUCUCUAACCCAUUAGUCACCCCAAAUGCUCACGCUUUCCAUCCCCAUUUUACUAAACGAAAGGAAAACUUUUACUUAUGUCAAAGACAUUGAUUUGAAUGGUUGGGAGCCUAACCCAUUUUUAAUCGUACUUUGAUACUUAUUCUUA